GCUCCAGCACAAAAGCAGCUCCGGAGCCUCCUCGAGCUGAGAGUAAGAGCAGGAGCCGCAGAGCUGAGACCCUCACAGUCCCCCAGAUCUGACACAAGGACAUCACUGCUGACCCCUGCGUCCCUCCUGCCUGACCCCUGCGUCCCUCCUGCCCCUCCUCCUGCUGCUCAAGGUCCCUCUUCUGUCCCCACCUGGGGGUAAUGAAAGUGCUGCUCCUGGAAGUGUCUCUCCUGUGCCCUCCUGCUUGUGCUCAAAGAGGCCCCCCUUUCCCCUGCUGGGGGUGCUGACUGGCCCCCCUCUCCUGCCUGAGUCACGGUGCUUGAGGGGUGCAUGGAGUGUGGCCCUUUGUGAGUGGGGAUGGAUCUACCCCCAGCCCUUGUCUAUUUAUUGGAUGUUCCCAAGGGGGACCCCCCCAGCUGUGCCGUCCCAAGGUCUGUGGCCCCUCGUGCCCCCCUGUGAGCCGGUCCCAGUGGCACCAUGUCCCUGGCUUUCUGUGGCAACGAGAACGACUCUCAGGCUUAUAAUGUGGAUAAGGGGGUCCUGAACAACGGCUGCUUUGUAGAUGCCCUCAAUGUGGUCCCCCACGUAUUCCUGCUCUUCAUCACCUUCCCCAUCCUCUUCAUUGGAUGGGGGAGCCAGAGCUCCAAAGUGCACAUCCAUCACAGCACGUGGCUGCACUUCCCGGGGCACAACCUGCGCUGGAUUCUCACCUUCAUCCUCCUCUUCGUCCUCGUGUGUGAAAUUGCUGAAGGGAUCGUGUCUGAUGGAUUUUCCAAGUCGCGUCACUUGCACCUGUACAUGCCGGCGGUGAUGGCAUUCCUGGCGGCUGUCACUUCCAUUGUCUAUUACCACAACAUCGAGACGUCCAACUUCCCCAAGUUAUUAAUAGCGCUGCUAGUCUAUUGGACGUUGGCCUUCAUCACCAAAACCAUCAAGUUUGUCAAGUUCUGUGAUAAUGGCGUCGGUUUCCUCCAACUUCGCUUCUGCCUCACGGGGCUCCUCGCCAUUUUCUACGGGAUGUUAUUGGCUGUCGAGAUAAAUGUCAUCCGGGUAAGGAGAUAUGUCUUCUAUAAACACCCCAAAGAGGUGAAACCCCCGGAGGACCUGCAGGAUUUGGGGGUGCGCUUCCAGCAGCCGUUUGUUAAUCUCCUGUCCAAGGGAACCUACUGGUGGAUGAAUUCCUUCAUUAAAACUGCCCACAAGAAGCCCAUCGACCUGAAAGCAAUAGGGAAACUCCCCAUCGCUAUGAGAGCCCUCACCAAUUACCUGCUGCUCAACAAGGCCUUCCAGUGCCAGAAGAGCAAGAGCUCGGUGAGUCCGGCUGGUCCGAGGCCCAUCUGGUGUUCCCUGUGCCAAGCGUUUGGGAGGCCCCUCAUCCUGAGCAGCAUCUUCCGUAUUCUGGCCGACAUGUUGGGCUUUGCGGGGCCCCUCUGUAUCUCUGGGAUUGUCCAUCACCUGAGCCAGGAGAACAAGACCUUCCACCCGCAGCCGAUUUUCCUUGGCGUUUUCUUCAUUUCCUCCCAAGAGUUUCUGGCCAACGCCUACGUCCUCGCCGUCCUCCUCUUCUUCGCUCUCCUCUUACAGAGAACCUUCCUGCAGGCCUCCUACUUUGUCGCCAUAGAGACGGGCAUCAACCUGCGCGGGGCCAUACAGACCAAGAUCUACAACAAGAUCAUGCACCUCUCCACCUCUAACAUGUCCAUGGGGGAAAUGAGUUCGGGGCAGAUCUGUAACUUGGUGGCCAUCGAUACCAACCAGCUCAUGUGGUUCUUCUUCUUGUGCCCCAAUCUGUGGGCGAUGCCAGUGCAGAUCAUAGUGGGGGUCAUUCUCCUGUACUACAUACUGGGAAUCAGCGCCUUGAUUGGGGCCGUUGUGAUUAUCGUCCUGGCCCCCAUCCAGUAUUUUGUGGCUACGAAGCUCUCGCAGGCCCAGCGCAGCACCCUGGAAUAUUCUAAUGAGCGUCUGAAGAAGACCAAUGAGAUGCUCCGGGGCAUAAAGCUGCUGAAACUCUAUUCCUGGGAGAACAUAUUCCACAGCAGCGUGGAGGAGACCAGACAGAAGGAGAUGACCAGCCUGAAGGCCUUUGCCCUCUACACGUCUAUAUCAAUUUUCAUGAAUGCCGCCAUACCCAUUGCAGCCGUCCUCAUUACGUUUGUUGUCCACGUACACUUGUUACACAGAGAGCAGUUCUCUCCCGCCGUGGCCUUCGCCUCCCUUUCUCUGUUCCACAUCCUGGUCACCCCUUUAUUCCUCCUCUCCAGUGUGGUCAGAUCCACAGUCAAGGCCCUGGUCAGUGUUCAGAAACUCAGUGAAUUUUUCUCAAGUGAAGAGAUUGGGGAAGAGGUGGAUCAGUGCCCCCCAUCCAACAACUUGUCCCCCCAUAACAAGUACCAGGCAGUGCCCCUCAAAGUUGUUAACCGUAAGAGACCCAUCCGGGACGACUGGAACCAUUUCAACUGUCAGCAGAGGCGGCCGACUAACCCCACGGAGGGAAAUGAGUUUUGUAUAAAGGUUACCAAUGGCUUCUUCACUUGGACACCCGACGGACCCCCAGCAUUGUCCAACAUCGAUAUCCGGAUCCCCCAAGGUCAGCUGACUAUGAUCGUGGGGCAGGUCGGCUGUGGGAAGUCGUCGCUGCUGUUGGCCACCCUCGGGGAAAUGCAUAAGAUUUCGGGGGACGUGUUGUGGAACAGCAUCGUGUCCGACAGUGAGACCGGCGAGGAUGUCAACCCAGACAAGGAGACGGCCGUCGACAUGGAGACCAGGAGGAGAGGGGCCGUGGCCUACGCUUCCCAGAAGCCUUGGCUACUAAAUGCCACCGUGGAGGAGAACAUUACGUUUGAGAGUCCGUUCAACAAACAGAAGUACAAAGCAAUUAUAGAUGCCUGUUCCCUCCAGCCGGAUAUUGAUAUUCUGCCCCAUGGAGACCAGACACAGAUUGGGGAACGGGGGAUCAACCUGUCUGGGGGGCAGCGACAGCGAAUCAGUGUGGCCCGAGUUCUCUACCAGCAAAGCAGCGUUGUGUUCUUGGACGACCCCUUCUCUGCGCUGGACAUUCACCUUAGUGACCAUCUCAUGCACGAGGGGAUCCUACAAAUGCUCAGGGACAAUAAGAGAACCACAGUCUUAGUUACUCACAAACUGCAGUACCUGCCCCAUGCCGACUGGAUCAUUGCAAUGAAGGACGGGACAAUUCAGAGGGAGGGGACCCUCAAGGACAUCCAGAAAUCAGACCCCGAACUCUAUGAACACUGGAAAACCCUCAUGAACCGGCAGGACCAGGAAUUAGAGAAAGAGAUCAUUCUAGACUGUAAAUCCGGUGGGGAGCGGAUGAAUUUAAAGAGGACCAUUUAUCCCAGAGACGCCCUUCUCGGAGAUGAUGAAGAAGAUGAAGAGGAGAUAUCUGAGAGUGAGGAAGAUGAUGACAAUUUCCUGCACCAAAGAGCCAAAAUGCCCUGGAGGGCUUGUGGCAAGUACCUGAGCUCGGCUGGCAUCCUGCUCCUGCCAUUACUAGUCCUGUCCCAGCUGCUGAAACAUUCUGUCAUGGUGGCCAUUGACUUCUGGCUAGCAAAGUGGACGUCGGCCGCCAUCACCAACCAGUCCGUGGCCAACUGCUCAGGGAAAGAGGUUUGCCACUUUGAUCACUCGCCCUACUCUAUGACCUUCAGCAUCUUGUCCUGCGUGGGGAUCAUUAUGUGUCUCGCCACAUCUAUUGCCGUGGAACGGACUGGCCUGCGGGUGGCCAAAAAACUGCACAGCAGCCUCCUCAAUGCCAUCAUCUUAGCCCCAAUGAGGUUCUUUGAGACGACCCCCCUGGGCAGCAUUCUCAACCGUUUCUCAGCAGAUUUUAAUACAAUAGAUCAGCACAUCCCGGCCACCCUGGAAUGUCUGAGCCGCUCCACUUUACUGUGUGUGUCUGCGCUCGCCGUCAUCUCCUACGUGACCCCCGUCUUCCUCAUCUCCCUGGUGCCCCUCGCCAUCGUAUGUUACUUUAUCCAGAAACACUUCCGCGUGGCAUCCAGAGACCUACAGCAGCUGGAGGACAGCACACAGCUCCCCCUUCUGUCCCAUUUUGCAGAAACAGUUGAAGGACUGACAACCAUCCGAGCUUUCAGGUAUGAACCACGGUUUCGGCAGAAGCUCCUGGAACACACGGAUUCCAACAACAUCGCCUCCCUGUUCCUCACCGCUGCCAAUCGGUGGUUAGAAGUGAGAAUGGAAUACAUUGGGGCCUGUGUUGUUCUAAUCGCUGCCGUUGCCUCUAUCACCAACUCGCUGCAUUAUAAUCUGUCGUCCGGCCUCGUUGGACUGGGACUCACUUACGCUCUAAUGGUGUCCAACUACCUGAACUGGAUGGUGCGGAACUUGUCCGACAUGGAGAUCCAACUCGGGGCAGUGAAGAGAAUCAAUGGGCUCCUCAAAACUGAACCAGAGAAUUACAAGGGGCUUCUUUCCCCCUCACAGAUCCCCCAAAACUGGCCAGAGAAUGGGGAGAUCCAGAUCCAGAACCUGAGCGUUCGCUAUGACUCCUCCCUGAAGCCGGUUCUGAAGCACGUCAAUGCCCACAUCACUCCGGGCCAGAAGAUUGGGAUCUGUGGUCGCACUGGGAGUGGCAAAUCCUCCUUCUCGUUGGCCUUUUUCCGGAUGGUGGACACGUUCCAGGGCAGGAUCAUCAUUGAUGGGAUAGACAUUGCUAAACUGCCUCUGCAGACCCUGAGAUCUCGACUGUCAAUCAUCCUGCAGGACCCCAUAUUGUUCAGUGGUACAAUCCGGUUUAAUCUGGACCCAGAGAACAAGUGUACGGACGCGAUGCUGUGGGAGGCGCUGGAGAUUGCGCAACUCAAACACGUAGUGAAGGUUUUGCCGGGGGGUCUGGAUGCGACGGUGACAGAAGGGGGAGAGAAUUUCAGUGUGGGGCAGAGGCAACUGUUCUGUUUGGCUCGAGCCUUCGUGCGUAAGAGCAGCAUUCUCAUCAUGGACGAGGCUACGGCUUCCAUCGAUAUGGCUACGGAGAACAUCUUACAGAAGGUGGUGAUGACGGCGUUUGAUGAUCGCACGGUGGUGACCAUUGCUCAUCGGGUUCACACCAUCCUGAACGCAGACCUGGUGAUUGUGAUGAAGCGGGGGGCCAUCAUGGAGUACGAGAAGCCGGGGGCGCUGCUGGAGCAGGAGGGGAGCAUGUUCUCUUCUUAUGUCCAGGCUGAUAAAUAAGUGCAAUUCCCUUUUAUAUGAGUGUAAAUAAGCUGUAAAUACAAAUAUUCUUGGUUAUUUCAUAACAACAAACGUUUCCUCUUUAUUAAUGAUGCCCCCGUGCUCCCCGACAUACAACGGGGGGACUUCUUUUAAUCUGGGCCCCUCAUAUAAUUGUGUA